UAUAAUUUGAUCUUCAAAAAGUUUCUUGCUGAAAAAGCUAGUAUAACCUAAUACAUGUUCCAACAAAACCCUCGAUGCCGUCGACACUCUCCUCCCAACAGUAAUACCGCAGGGGGAAAUCGAUGGCUUCUUGUAUUCGUUUGAUUCAAUCUGGAAUUCGGCUAUCCAAAUCGCGAUGCAUUAAUUCAGCUUCAUUGAUGAAUUCGACCAUUUCCUAUCGCACGUUUUCGUCGAGUUCACCCAAUCAAAAACCAAUCUAUCUCUUUGACACUCUCGCUUUGAUUAGGAGCUUAGAAGCACAAGGCAUCCACACAAAGCAGGCAGAGGCCAUAACAUCUCAAAUGACUUUAGUUCUCAAUGUCAGUAUGGAAUACAUAUUGCAAAACGCCGCCUCAAAAUCUGAGAUGCAGAAAGUUAUGAUGGCAACUGAAACAAAUCUUGUAAAGUUGAAGUCCGAAGUGCAAAGUUGCCUGGACAACAAUUCUUCGUCUUUGCAAGGUGAAGAUGCGAAGCUCAAAAAUGAUAUUGACAAAUUACAUGGUAAACUGAGGCAUGAGAUUGACAAAGUUACUUCUGCACAACGUUUGGAUCUAAAUCUAGAAAGAAGGCGCAUUGAUGGGGAGCUUAGUGAUAUGAGGGCUAGAACCACUGAUAUCUCCAACAAGCUCGAUAAUGUUGUGAUGGCAAAUGAAACAAAUACUGUGAAGUUGAAGUCGGAAAUACAAAGUUCCCUUGAUCAAAAGUUUUCGCCAUUGCAAAGCAAGGGUGAAAAGCUUCAAAAUGAUAUCGAGAAAUUAAGUGGUGAACUAAAGCAUGAUAUUGAAAAGAUUACUGCAGCACAACGUUUGGAUUUGAAUCUUGAGAAAAGGCGCAUUGAUGACAAGUUUGCCGAUGUGAGAGCUGAAAUUACCAGUCUGUCCAACAAGCUUACUGAAACAAGGGCCGAGCUUACUAAUCUCUCCAGCAAUUUCGACCGCAAACUUGAAAUUGCAACUCUUGCAAUGAAGGCUGAACUAGCAACAAAUAAGAGCGAUAUCACCAAAUACUUUUUAGGGGCUAUUUUCUCCUCAUCUGCUUUUUGCAUUGGAAUAUUAUAUCGUCUAUUUUCCAAACAAUGAGGUAGCCGCUGUGGAUUUCCGAAAAAGAGAUUUGACAGUAAACCAUUUCCUUACAAUUUUGAAGAAUCCUUUAUUAGAGAGUUCCAUUUUUGUUAGUCAGUAUAUUGUUUGUAUUUAUUAGUAUUUCACUAGAUAUAAACAUCACACAAUUUAAGUUUUUUUUUUCCUCUCUCUCUCUCUCUUUAACUUUUUUAGGGGUUUUAAAAUUAAAAAUUUGUUACCCAA